AUGGAAUCCGCCAUACGCCAGGAGCCGGCCAGCCCAGGCCUCGCGCCUCUGGACAAUUCCCUCCGCGCCGGUAAUAUGGACGACUCGGCAGACAGCUCGUCUGUCACGUUUGCUGCCGCUGCGUCGUCUCACGAAGACGAGGACUUGAAAGAGGGCGAUGGCUGGAAGCUACACAGCGAUACGUCGACGAUAUCCAGCAGGGUCACGACUCCUGACCCGGUGGUGUCAAGCCCACCACUGACGCCCUUUGCAUCCGCUGGCAGUCGAACGCCUCUUCCUAGCAGAGCUUCCAAUGACUUCUCUUCUAUUUUCCCUCUGCCUGCCGCGCUGCCACAAGCUCUCCAGCGAAGGUCGGAGCGGGGUCGAGGGAGAGGACGUGGCGCAGGCAGGGCAACAGGUCGACAUAUCCCGAGGAGUCCCAACGAAGCUGCCCAACUCUAUCCACCGAGCCCAGCAGACCAGUCUCGGCAUGGGCCUUUCCGACCUCCGGGAUUUCGUACUGGCUCUACUCAAGCAUCACUGCCAUUACCCUCACCAGUCAGGCAGCACAGGGCCGAUGACAGUCCUGGAGCUCGACGCCAUCAUGUCCCCCCUCACCCGCCGCCGCCGCCGCCUCCUCCUCUGCUCAGUUCUCCUCCUCCCUCCUAUUUCCCCCGUCUUCCAACAAUAAGCGGCGCGGAUUUUAGCCAGGCUGGCGAGAGCUCUGAACUUCCAUCUUCUCUAUUUUCACAAACACCAGUCAGCAUGCAACUCUUGCCUCAGCCGGCGCUCGGCUUUCUAGACAGCCGCCACGCACGGCCAAGACCAUCAAGGGGCAAACGGAGUUCAAGGCGAUCGCUCCGCCGGCGAAGCGAUGGGCUUGAAGACGAAACACUGACUUUCUCAUCCGCUAGGUCUGGAUAUGAUGAGACCUCGAGUUCUUCCUCUUCAUCGUCUAAUGAAGAUCCAAUCGCUUAUCGAAAUGCUAGGCAAUUUCCUCCCCAGUUACCUGCUGGGCCAGUGCAUGGGCCGUCUGCUCCGCGGAGUAGAUCUUCGGCAGCAAAUCAAAUCACAGCAUGGGUAUCACAAUACGAAAAGUCAAGGAGCCCAACGAGGUCUCGUUCAAGACUCGGCGAUAUUUCCGCUGUUCUCCACCCCACCGACACCGAGUCCCACCUGGAUGGCUCUGUGCACUCCAAUGAUUCAUCACAUGGCGAAAUAGAAAUGCUGUGGCAGCAGUUGAAGGAAAAAAGAGCCAAGUUGAGUGGGACGAGAGCAAAAAUGCGAUCAAGGAGAAAAGAGUUGCGAGAAAAGAGGCGCGAGAAAGAUGCCGCUGAUAAUGCAUUCAUGGGAGUUGUCCGACCUGUGUUGGUUAGCCUACGAGAGCUAACUGAUUACCCUGCCAGCCUGUUUGAAUCUCGGCUAGAGAAGAUGCAGCAGCUAAGAGAUGACUACCAAGUUCUGGAAUCCAGCUAUGAAGCUCUCGAGGCAAUGUUGGACGAGGAAGAACGCGAUCUGAGCAUCCUCGAAACUAGAUUUUUCAGCAUCUUGGCUGCUGGGCAAACCAAAGAGGAACGCCAGUUGGACAUUUCCAGCGACUCGGGCGCUGCCAACUUCAGCAUUGACCAGACGGAGAUUCCAUAUGAACUCAGGGGCAUCUCCCCGUAUGGUCCCGUUGAGGAAUCGCAUCCUCUAUAUGUGGACUUGACCUCGACUGUGGGAUACCUAGGCAACGCUCGAGACGAAUACGCAGACCUCCUUUCCACUAAACAGCAAUACGAGGAGGAGCAGCAGUUGAAAAAGACUACCAAGCAGAAAGCCUCGGACGAGCAGGAGAUGAAGGAAUUCUUUGACGAAUUCCCUUCCGAAGAAGAGCGGAUGAAUGAUGUCAUGACCAGCCUAGAAUCUAAAGUAGAUGGUCUCAAAAAACUAUGCGAAGACAGAGGAGUCAUGAAGAAGCACAUGUCUAUCAAGAUGGAAUAUGCAUUAGAUCCGCAAAUCAGGUAUGAGGAUUUGGAUCUAGAUGACGAGCACACGAUUAUGAGCCGCCGCAAAACACUAGCUCACGCUGAAUUCAACGAGCUGCUUUCUCAGCCGGACCACGUUUUGGCUGAUGAGCCUCUCACUCCAUUAGGGGCUCUCAAAGCAGCCAUUCGACUUCCAAAUCACCACCCAGAAAAGGGCGUGAGGAAGAGACUGGCGUCGAAAGAGUAUGCAAUUGACAACCUCAUGCGAGAGUGUGAUGGCGGGAAGAAGGCUGAUUACGUGAAUCGAUGGCUCCUUCACCAACUGCGCCUAUCCCCGCUCAAUGCAGUACUGUUACGGUCCACCUUUCAAGCAAGCCGAUCUUUGAAGAUUCGGGAUAUGUGGCGCUGGCAGUGCGAUGUUAUGCAUUACUGGUGGCGCGAUAGCACCAUGUCAUUAGUAGAUGGCUUCUUCAAGCCCAUUACGAGCGACAACUCGGAGUAUUCAUCUCGCGUGGGAACAACACAGCUGUCGCGAGCCGCAUCUGACGGCGUUCCCAGACAUGUAUAUCAACGGCGCCCAUCUAUUGAUAAUAGUGACACGAUGACAGAACAUGGUUAAAGGUGUCGAAUGCUGUCUCUACCACCAAUUACUUUUUUUUUUCUCUCUCUUUUUUCUCUUCUUUCAAUUCAAUUUCCCCUUUGUCUCUCGAUUAUUUAGGCUGCUUAUGUUUUGCGUUUUCUCUUAUAAACGUUUGUGCCCGUUAAGCUGAUUUGCAAGAUAGGCUCGGAGGAACCAUUGUUUUAUUGCCUUUCUGAUUUCUUGGCGUUUGGAUAUGAUAUUAAGACCUAUAGCGAAGCAACUUCUUUUGGGUUGGAUAGAUGGAAAACGUACCCGGGGUUGGCCUUUUGACACUCAGGCGCGUUUAGCUUGAGCAUUAGAUGGAGGCAGAAAAAGCGAUACCCUUCUCCCUUUACCUUGUUUAAUCUUUUCCCUAUAUUCCAUUUCUUUUUUCUUUUCUUUUCUUUUCUCUCUCUUUACUCGCCUUCCUCGCCUUCCUCUAUUCUCUCUAUUUUUUUCUUUUCUUUUCUUUUAUUGGAUCAGUUGCUUUUGUGCUUGUAUUGCGUACUUGUGGGUGGAAUUACUGUUUGAUGCUCAGAGAUGCCUUUCUUGCAUACCGCCGCGAGGCUUUUAUGGCAAGCUUUCUGUCCUUUCUCCUACUCUGUUUUACUCCAU